UCAGUGUUUGAAUUUUAUUGGUUGAGAAAAGCGCCGACGGCGCGAACUAGAGAUGACAAACAAUCAAAACUGCGCAUGCUUCAUAAAUUUGAAAACUUUGUUUACUUCAAUCGAUUGCGAUUUCUGAUUAGCUCAGCGUCUCGUUUGCUAGCAUCUUUUGUUUUAAGAAAUGGCCGAACACCGCGUCACUGGAUAUCCGGCCGGAUCAGCGUACCGUUAAGACGUGUACAUUGGUAGUAUAUUCUGAUACAUAUUUAAUACAGAAAGAUGCAGUGACAUUUGAUCAACCCGUGUUUGGUUUCGUUUAAUGUUUCGUGCGGAUUAAUGGUGAAAUUGUGCAGUGUGCCUCAGUGGACCCAUCAGUCAGUUGCCGAUCAGGAUUUAUCGCGAGGCGAUCGACCCUCGGAGAUCGCGAGGAUCGAAGGAACGGACGAGGGAUCACGUGGCAAGGGAUCGGGAGUGUCGGGUGCAUCGCGAAAUCGGCGACAGCACCGCGUCCCGCCUUGUGGGAUUCGAAGGAAGAAUUCUUCGGCUGUUGAAACAACUGGCAGAGCAGGUUUUACCCACGAGUCACCGACCAAAGUUACUCCUCGAGCCGACGAACGCCAACAGCCCGGCAGAAACCUCGUAUACCUUUAUACGCAUCUAUACGUAUACACGUACUAUGAUUCUUGUCAAGAAGAAGAAGAAGAACAAGGAGGAGAAAAAGAAGAACAAGAAGAACAAGAACAAGGAGGAGAAGUAAAAUCCAGGAUGCAAUUUUCGAUCGGCAGGGGGAAAAGAUGGUACCCCAACGCGACACCGACAGACACUGGUUGGCUGCCACUGGUGGGCCUCAAGUCCCAACACGAGAUACACAGGUGGAUCGAAAGGUGGGGAGGAAAACCUCGAAGCGAGAAAGGUGGAGAGAGACAGAGGGAGACGGAGGGAGACAGAGGGAGACAGAAACUCGGGGAAUCUCGAUGAACGAAACGGCCUGAAUACGGACGCUGCGGACACUGCCUCGUAUAUUAUUGUGGGGAUGAAACUAGGUCAAACGAGUACCUGUGUAUCCAGUGGAGAGAACAAACCAAAUGCAGCCGUACGAUAACGAGACUCAAACUGGAUCGUCGUGCCCCUCACCCGGAUGGAUGUCGGCCUACGGUACCGAGGCGUAUACGCAAAGAUGACAACGGGGGUCUGAUUCAUCGGUGAACGGCGAAUCUGCACUCGAAAACCUCGGAAGAGACUACUGCGAGAAAGUACGAGAGGUACGAUACCGUCGGUGCUCAAGUGUAACGAUCCCCGUAUCU